AGGAUCUCGUCGUUCUUCGCGCCUCCUCUCAGACAUGUCGAAUCAGCCGAGUUUCGCGGUCACUGAAAAUCCCGAUCUCGGCGAGCCGUUUGUACGCGAAUUAUUCGCGGAUUUUCGCAAACUGUUUUCCGGACCUUUUUCGGCGCUUUUUGCCUCUGAACGACCAUCUCGAAGGUUAAAACACUUAGUUUGAAGAGGGAAGAAGGAAACUGUGACGCGAUUUGUUCUGCGAAUUUUUCGGCGCGGUUCAGUGCAUCGAAUCUUCGACGGUUGUUUCGAAAAGAAAAAAAGAAUGAAGAGACUCGCGUUGAGUCGAGAACUGUGAAAGAGGGAACUGUGACGUUUGUUGUUGUUGAUGUUUGAACAUUUCUCUGCAAAGUUCAGUGCCUCGAAUCGUCGACGAUUGUUUCGAAAAAAAAAAAAAAAAGGAAAGACUCGUACUGAGUCGUGACAUUUGUUCAUCCAGUCGAUCAGCUUUCAGCGACCAACUUUCGCCGAGGUUUGUCCGAACGUUUCAGCGUGUUUGAAUCACCGACGGUCCACGUCCGCCAAGGUAGAAGUAGGUUGGCCAACCCCGAGGCUGUAGGCCAGCUACGAGUUUCGUCCAGGGAACGCCGAUCGUUAGAGAAAAUCGUCGUGUCGAACGAGUGAGAGAGAUCGAUGAGAGAUGACUCGUCCGUUCGUUUCUCAAUAAACAACAGUCACUCUCUGAACGAAUGGAACGAAUCUAUCGCGAAAGUAACGGCCGCAGGCACAGGAAAUCGCGAGGUGGGAGCGCGUGAAACAGAAAGGUACGAUCGGAGAGAAGAAUCAGAGAGAAAACGGAAAUUCUUUCGACUCGAGUGGAGCGUGCGUUGAGAAAGUGUCCUGAAAGGAGACGGUAGGUGAAAGAAAAUUGAUGGGAGAAGAUGAAUGAUUCGCUCCAACUUGUGUGUAAGGUGCAAACAGAAGAAAGAUAAGAAGAAACGAGAGAAGAGACAGAGAAGUGGAGUAGAAGAAUGAGUAGAAGAACCAUGCCGUCGGUUGGCCUAAAUUCCUGCGAAAGAAUACGACCGGAAAGACCUAGGAAUCCUAUCCAGAAGCUCGUAUGGAGUCCUGGCUCUCAGUUUCAAGUUGGACAAGUCGGCUUGCUCGAGGACGAGGGCUCGAAUCCGCGAAUGGCUCUGAGAAGGCUGCUUAGACUGUACGAGGGAAGACAAUACAGAGAGGCGGCUGCUUUCCUCGUCAAGCUGCCGCGCUACACCUUGAAGGCGACCCUGCCGGACAUUCCGCUGGACCUGUUGAUCGAAACGCUUCCGCACAGUCUGUCGCUGCUCGAGGCGCUCUACACCCGGCUGCUCGAGCUGAAUGUAAACGACGCGAAGGUACUAAGGAUGGAGCACGUCCUCUGGAAGGUCGUCCACCUGAUCUCGAUCAGCCAAGACCACUUCCGCCUGAGGAUCUGGUGCAAGCUGCUGGCCUCGCUGGACAAGCUGGCGCCGAACGCGAGGGGCAUGCUGGCCGCGAGGAAACGAGCCUUGGAGAGAGCCGUGGAGGGUUUGGGCAAACACGGGCUGGUCGCCAGCAAUAUGGAGAACGGCGGGGCGUCGAAUUUGCUGCCUCUGCCGGUCGCGCUGCGGGAACAGCUGGAGAACAGAAUCGAGGCGUACAAGCUGGCCGUGCACAAGAUCGAGAGCUUCGGGAAACACGCGAGGACUCACAGAGCGGACCAGGGUGUACAGGCGGCGUCCCAUCAGCGGCAACUUUCGCUCAAGUACAGCGAGAUUCAGCAAAGGCUGAUCGAUAAUCAAAGUCUGUUGAACACGUUGGAGAAAGCCGGCGACCCAAGUAGCUUAGAAAGUCUGUUAUCCGAGUUGAAGCGGAGGGUCGAACAGGACAAGGAAGCUCUCAGACAAUGGACAGCACUGAGGAAAUCCAGCUUCGCCGGAAAUACGAAAAAUCCGCCGUUGGCUGCCAGAUUGCUGCAAUUCUCCAGAGGUUGCGAACUGACGCUCCAAUUGAUGAACCAGGACAAUCCACGCGUAUUCGAGCCGGGUGAAAAUCUGGCGGACGACUACGAGGAGGAAUCCAGCAGCAGCGCUGGAUAUCACACGGACGAGAGCUGCAGCCCGACGCCGGAACCGUCGGUCAGAAACCGCUGCACGAUCCUCCGGCUGGCAGAGAAUUUUUCAUGUUUAACAUCCGGCGACGUGACCGCGGAACGACUGGCCGAAAGAUACGCGGCGCUCUACGACCAGGCGCAUUUGCAUACCCUGGAUGCCUUGGACGCCAUGCAACCGCUGAAGGACGCCCACGACUUGAAAGCCAAGAUACUCUAUUCGGUGGUCGUGCUCUCCUGGCGGCUGGCCGGCAUGAUCCAGACGUCGAGGUAUCUGGAGGCGAUGAAAAUUCUGAACGGUACCGCGGCGACGAUGCAGGCAACGCCGGAGCUGGAGGAAUGCGUGAAGCGGCAGUUGGCGACUUCCGGCGCGCGGACCGGUUCCCGCGAGGUCGCGGAACAAGUGGUGAACCAGCUGGAAAGAACGCUGUACGACUUUCCGUGUCUGCGGGGAUGCGCGGAGGUGAAGAGCUACGCCGGUGCCUGUUCCAGUUUGGCAUGGGCCUGUUUGGCCCGUGUCACGCCCUUGGUCCUCGAUGUGGCCCAAGCGUUGGAAUUCAGGCGAGAUAUUCACCUGAGGCAUCACGCCUCUCCGGACCCGAACGGUACCAGAAUUAAGACAGUACUGUGGCCGGGUUUGAGGGAAGGCUGCCAGGGACCUUGCCUUCGCAAAGCGGUCGUCCUCACCUUUUAAGGGAGCAGGACAGUUUAACUGGGCCUAAAAAUUAUAAUUUGGAGGGCAAAGUAAAGCAAAAGUACAUAUUUGUUUAUUUUAACAUAUUAUGAACCAUAAGAGGCAACAUUGAAAGAGAAACAAAAGAAAUGCUCUUGUUUAGCAUAACUUUUACAUAACAUUUUCUUACAUUGCCUAAAAAAAAGCAACAAAAAAGGGCAAAAAAAGUUCAAACGUAAGCAACAUUCUCUAGGGAUUGACGAU